GAACGAGCGAGCGGAGCAGGAGAGUGUCAAGAUGGCGAGCGUGCUGUCCAGGCGCCUGGGGAAGCGCUCCCUGCUGGGCACCCGCGUUUCCACGCCCAGCUCCUUGGCAGACAGGAUGCUGGGGACGGCCCAAAUCCCCACAUUGCAGGCGGAGCUCAGCAGAGUGUCUUCCCACCUGGCUUCGUAUGAGGGUGGUCGGUGCAAGGAGCAGGGAGAGGAGAGCAGCACGAUGCCCAGCUUCCCAAACCUGAACCGCUUACAGCUCCACCCAGGACAAAGAGUUUACGUCACCUAUAACGGGCAGGAGUGCGCUGGCCUGGUAGAGCAGCACAGUCAGCUGAACGACGAGGUGCAGGUGCUGCUCGAGGUGCAGGGAGUGCACACCUGCUGGAAGACAGAGGACGUGAGACUGGCUGAGAUGCAAAGAUCACCGCCCCCUACCCUUCCGAUGGACCAUAGCCCUGCCACUGCGAUGGAUCAGAGCCCUGCCACUGGAUCAGUUCAGAGAUCGGUUUCUAGGAAUAUUGAUGUACCUAAAAGGAAGUUGGAUGCUGCUGUGGAAAUGGACGAGAUGAUGGCAGCUAUGGUGCUGACUAGCUUGUCCUGCAGCCCUGUGGUGCAGAGCCCGCCCAGCCGCGAAAGCAGCAUGCCGGCGUCCCAGGCAGCCUGCGACUCAUGGAAGGAGAGUGGCGACGUGUCAGACAGCGGCAGCAGCACCACCAGCGGGCACUGGAGUGGCGGCAGCGACAUCUCCACCCCAUCACCUCCGCAUCCUGAAGCCAGCCCCAAGUACUCGAGCGAGGCCUUGAGCUCCCCUCAGGCUGACGACGGCUUUGAGACAGACUCGGAUCCCUUUCUUCUCGAUGAGCCUGCCCCAAGAAAGAGAAAGAACUCGGUGAAGGUGAUGUACAAGUGCCUGUGGCCAAACUGUGGUAAAGUCCUGCGAUCCAUUGUCGGGAUCAAACGUCACAUCAAGACCCAGCACCUUGGAGAUGGCGCAGACUCUGACCAGCGGAGGAGGGAGGAAGAUUUCUACUACACCGAAGUUCAGGUGAAAGAAGAAGCUGCUCCGGAGUCUGCCACCAGCCCCACCUUUGGGUCCUCGCCCAUUGUCAUCCAGCAGGCCCUAGCCAAGCCAGAAGCCUUGGCUUUGGACCAAGCAACCUUGGAGUCUCACCUCCCAAACAGUGCCCUCAGUCAGUCUGCCCCCAGUUCCUUCUGGCAUAUCCAGGCUGAUCAUGCCUAUCAGGCCUUGCCAUCAAUUCAGAUUCCGGUGUCACCACACAUAUUCACCAGCAUCAGCUGGGCUGCUGCCACCUCCACCAUCCCUUCUCUCUCCCCAGUUCGAAGCAGAUCACUGAGCUUCAGUGAACACCAACAGCCAACACCAAUGCUGAAGUCACACCUGAUCGUCGCAUCUCCUCCCAGGGCUCCCAGUGGCACCAGAAAAGUCCGUGGCGAAGCCAAGAAAUGCCGUAAAGUGUAUGGAAUUGAGCACCGAGAUCAGUGGUGCACGGCCUGCCGGUGGAAAAAGGCCUGCCAGCGAUUCCUGGACUGAGCACAUGAACGUUUCAGGAGUAUUGAAUUUCUCUCUCUCUCAGCCGAGAGCACCCAAAGUUGGUCAUUGCUGCAACCAGGGCACAGCAAACUUGGAGGUAUCUAUCUCCUGUGGCUUCAGCAGAGAUCUCAAGAGCUGCAUGUAAAUUCCAAGUUCUGUAUAUUGUAUGUCAGCUGGAUUUAUUAAUUUUUUACACUUUCUGUGGGUUUUUUACAAAUGUUUUUAAAAACAAAACUAAACUCCCAUUUUAUAGUAAAAAAUAGGGAGGGAAAGAAAGAGAGCUGGUUGCUUGGUGUUCACAGGAGACUUGUUAUUUGGUAGUCCAGGGACCAAAGAACUUUUUACUGAUCUCCCAUCUCAACAGUAAAGUCUACUGAACUUUCAGGUCAGUAGCUGGGAUAAGGAGGUGAGGAUCAUCUCUCUCUGUUACUUGACUGGCUAGAAAGCUCGAAGUCUGCUGUUGUUUAAAGGGACACGGUCAGAAUAACCAUCAUAGUUUAAAAAAGGAAAAUGAUGUUCAUGCUUUACUAGUAACACCUUAAAUUAUUGGAAUGGGAGGAAUUUAAAGUUCUUUCCUUUGCUUUUUACCAAUGAUACUGUGUUUACUUUUUACAGCUCUCAGCUCUGACAGUAAAGCUGGACUUGCUAUGUCUCUGGUCAGUUUCACUUCCUGGUUUUUAUGGGUUCUGAUACAGCUGCAUCAGCAAUGUUGAAAUCUUAAAAUACACAUCUACAUCUAUUUUUAUCUUUUAAUUGAAAAAAAAUUUUUUUAAACGAAACUAAUUUUUUUGUUGAUCUUAGAUUCAUGAAAACAACUUAUUUCUUUGAAAAACAGAAAUUUUGGGUCUAACAGUGUCUCUUUAAACUACAGGGAAUGGGUUUUUAUUUUGAAACCUGAUGUAGCUUUCUGCAAAGUUGGCAGGAUCAAUAUUGUUAACCCAAGAGGACUAAAAAGGAUGGACACACAAAAAUUUAGGCCCCAGUUCAGCAAAAUGCUUACCUACAUUUUUACAUUCUGUUGAAAUCAGUGGGACUAAAGUACAUGCUGAAGGAGUUGGGAUUACUUGCAUGCUUAAAGAUAAGCACGUGCUUAUGUCAUUUGCUGAAUGAGCAUCAUAGAUAGGUAUGUUACGAAAUUCUGAAUUGUGAAAGAUGUCUGAACCCAGCUUUCUGGCUUUCAUUUUUUAAAAAUUCAUAUUCUCUUUACAUGAUUCAAAUGUUUCUGUUUUGAUGAUCUGUCUUUGUGUACAGUUUACCAUCCUCAUGGGGUAGAAUUUGUCCCUGUUUGCCUGAUUCUCACUUAUAGCAGUGUAACUUCAGGGGAGUUACUCCUGACUUGCACAGGUUUAAAUAAGAGAAGAAUCAAGCCCGAGGAGUCUUUCUGGAAUUGCGGGGGGAGGGGUUGGGAGAGCUGGAGGGAAAGAUCAAAGGUUCCAGAGGCCCCUCUGAUUUUGGAGAAGAGCACCAUUUAAUUCACCACCAGCAGUCCGGUCCAAUUGUUAUUGUUUUUGGUCUUUGCUCUCAUGACUGAUCAGCCACAUGUAGGAAGUGCCCAAUCUACUGUCUGAGCUGUGAAAAGCCACUUGGCAGCAAGUGCAGUCCAGCCACAAUACCAGCACACACAUUGCAGCUGCUGUGAGGAGCAGCAGAGUGCAUCCCGCGGCACAGUGAGCUAUCCUGUGGAAGUUUGGCCCUGCAUGGACAGGACCCUGGCGACCAGGAUGCUAGUGUCAGUGUCUCCGUCCAUCUCACUGUGUGGCCUUGGAGCACAAAGGCAAAGAAUUUUGUUCUAUACGUCCCCAUUUUGUGUCUUG